GUAAAUAUAGCCUUUAAAUUCUAGCAGAUAGUCUACAGUCUGGGAUAGAAGGAGGGCGAGCCCUCCUGUUGGCCACUGAGAUGGUAGAUAAACUUUCCAAGAAUAUAGAUAAUCAUAUUUACUCAGAGUUUAUUGAGAGACAAAAGAGACCUUUCUCAGUGGAAUCUCUCAUUCAACUUUGACAUCACGGGAUCAAGAGCUGAGUUAUUCACUACGAUUCGCUUGUUCCCCCUCCAGAGGUAGACCUUGAGGAGCAAAACGAUGAGCCUGAAGUCCCAAUAAAAGACAGAUGGUGUACAGAUUAUGUCAAUGUGGAGAAAGUCCAAAAAUUAUACUUCGACCCUUCAGAAACAAUCGACGAAGCGGAUGCUAAAUCAGUCAGAUCAUAUCGGUCCUUUGCCAGGUCGCAUGCUUCCGUGUUUACCAAGACUAAGAGGACCUUCAUGAAGGUAAAAUCAAAGCAGAGCUCUAAAAUUGUCAAGCUAAAAAUUACCCAAAAAGAAAUCCCAGAAGAUGAAAUAAGACUUCGUGAAAGAAAGGAAAAACAAAUUCUCCACAGGAAGAAGGAAGCAGCAGAGAAAUAAAAGGCUCAAAGAAGAGGAAAGACAGGAUAAAAUGAAAAAGAGAUUUGCACUUGGUGGUGACCCUAAGGCAAGCCUCACAUGUGACCAUAAUGGCAAGCCCAUUGUGGUAAAGAAGCUUAAUGUGAAUAAACUCAGAAAAGCUGAAGGUCCUGGGUACUCCUUUGAAGCGGUUAAUCGGGAUCAGAUCAAGGCGAUGAAGAGGAAACAACAAAAGAAAUUUGAAAUUUAUUCAAAAGAACUCUUUCCAGCUAGUAUAAACUCUAAAUAGUAUUGUUGAUGACCUAAACCUGAGUGCUGAGGAUUUUAUCGAUGAGUCUCAAUGUUCAGCAACAUUUGGAGACCUCUCUUCUGUUUUAGCCUUAAUGCCAGGAGUUCAGUAUAAUACAAGAGAUAAGACCUUGAGAGGACCUCUAUAUAGACGUGAAAAUAAAAUGGCUAUCCACGAUUAUAAGGUAAUUUCAAAUUCAAGAGAAAAUGCCAAAAUCAGAUACGACAUCCAUGAAGGCUCUCCUGUAGUGAAACCAAAGGAAGAGAAAACUCCAAUUUCGGAGGUUAAACAUGACUCCAUUGCUAAUAUGGGGUCUGUUAUUAAAAAGAAGGGUCAUGGGUAUGAAAGGAUGAAAGGUGAUGCGACCAAAUCAGGAAUUUUACAAGAGGAUCAUCACCUACACAAUAUAUCCUCCAAACACUUUGGAAGUGGGAGCCUAAGCCAAAGCCGUAGGAUUAACGAAGGCGCAUUCAGAGGGAGAAAGAAUAAUGAUUAUUUCACACGUGAGCAAGGAAUGAGGCCGACUACUGCCUAAAAAGCACUAUAAUA